CAGCAGUGGCCAAUUGGGAAUCGGCCCAACUCUACCGAAUUCGGACUAUCUUGUGUUUCUCGAAGAUGUGGAAAAGAUCGUCAAGAUCAGGGCUGGGGUAAACCAUACGAUGGCUAUUGAUUAUCGUGGCAGGAUCUUCAUGUGGGGUUGUGGAACUCCACUAGGUCGUGAGCAGAUCGUCUUCAAGCCAGUACAGAUAAAAACCACGGGUAAAAAGAUACCACGGUUCACUGAUGUUGCUGGCCAUUCCAAUCAUUGCUUAGCUCUGUCCGAUCAUGGCGAAGUGUACACAAUUGGCAACCAGAAAUCGGGUGGGCUUGGACGCGGCUUGUUUGGUGACAAACUGGAGAGUAAGCUGAGCGUUAUACCCAUGACGGCCUUCUGCAACGAGCCAGUCGUAUCCAUAGGCUGUGGCCAGUACUUCAGUGCUGCCGUUACAGAGGAAAGCAACUUGUAUCUCUGGGGCACCAACUCCAGCCAUGUAAUCAGCAACAAACUGGCGGACGGACUCAUUGUUGCGCGGCCUGUUCAUCGUCAUACACAACUGGAGUCGAUCUCCACGGUAUCGUGCGGUGCGAAUCACAUUGCUGUUCUCUCACGAUGCUGCGACCUUGAUGGCCAAGCAGCGGAACCAGCCCUGCUGGAAGCAGAGGAUUACGUGGACGAGCGACAGCUGCUCCCAUGGCAGACUGUCUGUCAUACGGCGGACAUGCCCCACCUCAGUGUUCUUGCCGUGGAGAACGAGCUACUCUCAAGCACUCCGGCGUUUCCAGCGUGGCGGGAGAUGGUGUUUGUUCCGCCUCCAGCGCCGGCAAUUGAACUCGUACUACCCACUGCGCCAGUCACCCCAUGGGAGGCUGCCGCCAGGAAUAAUUCCUACCCGGCCGCUCACAGCGGUGAUAGCACGGCCGACUGCAUUGCAACGGCAGCUUCAACGCCAUCAGCAACUGCACCAGGUACCGCGCUGUCAACAACAGCAGCAUUAUCAACCACUACAGCCGCAGCAGCUGCAGGCCCACAGUCCGUGGGAGGAUUUGUCGAAACUGAUGAAUGCGACUCUUGGCAAAGCACAUUGCUGAGCAGCGCUUUCAAAUUACCCCCUGCUAAGGCUGAAACUCUGGAAGAAAGACGUGCUCGCGUUCUGAGCCAAUUCAUACCUGGUUACUCUCCUCCCACGCGUAAGGUUUGCAAGUCUCCUCCGCCGCCCAUCCUGGAGAUCGCUAAGCCCAGGCCUCUCAACGAUCCACUGAGCUCUGCUUCGUGUGUCUCCAUGUUCGGUGUGACGAGUCAUCCCUUCUUCGACCGCCCUCCUCCACAACGUCGUAGGUCGUACAGUCCACCCAGUUACAACAGCAGUUACUAUGGCAACACCACCAGCAGCAGCCGUGUACGGACCUUCUCUAGACCUGUCUACACUUCAAAGAGCUCCUCGCUCAGUGGAGCCAGUUCGUCCCUUACUUCAAAGAGCUCCUCGCUCGGUGAAGCUAGUUCGUUCCUUCCAUCUUUAAGCACAGAUGCGGAUGUGACAAAUACUUCUACACAUGCGGGUGUGACGAAGGCUUCUACGCAUGCGGGCGUGACGAAGACUUCCAGCUCGGCUAAGGCACAAACUGCGAGGCCGAAGACGUCCUAUCUAGCCAGACGUCGCCGACCCGAACUCCACCUGAAGCAGACAACGGAGCCGGAACCGGUGCCGCCCCGUCCCAACCCUCCAUGCACUAGCGUGCCAUCCUGGCUUCACCAUCCUUAUCUGUUCCUGACGAAGAAACCCGAGCAGAACCAGGUGCCAGCGCCCCCCGCCGGCUGUCAACCCACUGCCUCGUCAUCUUGUCCUAACCUUCCUAAGCCUCAUCUGAACGAGUGCUAUGAGCAGAAUCUAUUGGUGUACACCAGCCUCCAGGCAACAUCACUUUCGCACGUUCCUGGCCUAGAACUAAAUCAAACUGCUGAGCUGGGCCCACCAUACCAGACACAUCCAUCACAGCCUCCCGACCCUUUGCUGAAGCCGACAUCGGACACGGACCUGCAGCACUCCGGCCACCAGUCGACUACGUUCUCCUCAGGGACAGGCAGCAAUGACGACCUGUCAUCCAUCCCCAGCCAGCAACCGACUACCACAACACCGCCUGCCCGCGCUUCUUGCCUGAAGCAGAGAUCAGACACGGAUCUAUUGCAUCGCUCCAGCCACCAGUCUACUGCGUUUCCCUUUCCGACUCGCAGCAAUGAAGACUUGUCCUCAAUGUCCAGCCAGCAUAAAAAUACCUCAUCUCCCAAGCCUCUCCGUUCUUGCCUUAAGCAACGAUCUGACACGGAUCUAUUGCAUCGCUCCAGCCACCAGUCAGCUUCAAAUCUCUCACUGACUCAUAGCAGUGAAGACCUGUCAUCCCUCCACAGCCAGCAACCAACCACCGCAUUAACACAGCCCCGCGCUUCUUGCCUGAAGCAGAGAUCUGACACGGAUCUGUUGCGGGAACCCAGCCAACAUCCAGCGCUGCAAAAAGCCGCCAGUGAUCCUGUGAGGCGCAGGGUUCGAUUCCGCUCUCCAUCACCGGACGACCAGCACAGUAACAUGUUUGGUCAGGACACACAGUCAUUGCAGGAGAAGAUCGAGCUGUACAUGAACAAGAACAGAAAACUAUACGGUUCCCAACCGUCUCGGCCGAGUAUGAGGCGGAAGCGGUCAACGACAUCCACUCGUACGUCGGCUGACGAAAUGACAAGCUCAAAUAGUCAUCCGUCUGCACAUGAUGUCCGACGACAUCGGUCAAAAGCAGCAUCCAAUAAAAUGCCGGGUGCUGAAGUGAAUAGCAUGAAUAUUGGUCCGUCUGCGCAUGAUGUCCGACGACAUCGGUCAAAGGCAGCCUCCAAUCAUACGUCCGCUCCUAAAGUGAAUAGCGUGAUUAUUGAGCCAUGUCGGCAAGAUGUCCGACAACAUCGGUCAAAAGCAGCAUCCAAGCAAAUGCCGGGUGCUGAAGUGAACAGCGUGAACAUUGAUUCGUCUCCGCAAGAUGUCCGACGACAUCGGUCAAAAGCAGCGUCCAAUCAUGCGUCCGGUGCUGAAGUGAACAGCGUGAAAACUGAACUGUCUCCGCAGGGUGUGCAUCGUCAGCGGUCUAAGACGGAAUCACGUCGUAUGUCUGCGACUGCUGAUCCUGCUAACACCCACAACCGUCCGUCUUCGCCUGGUGUACGGCGUCAGCGGUCCAAGUCCUUGUGUAUUAAUGUCCUAGGAGAGGAUAUACUCGUGGAGGAUAUCUUGAUGACUUUACCAGGUUGGAGACAGCGGCUAAACGGAGAUCCUAACAAUGAGUUUCCAGAAGAAGGUGCUGAACUGACCAUCGCGGACGUUCGCCGCAUUUUGUUCCCUUACCACGAUUUUGACACGGAUGUAUCGGAGCUCGCUAGCCGUGAAGUGAGUGAACGUGCUCGCUCCAGGGAAGAGGAAAAGCGUCGUAAGCGUCGAGACCGCGCUCCAUCUCCAGAUGAGGAAUCUUGGAACAAGCCAGAAGAAGACGUGUCCAAAUUGCCGCCGAGGAUCCGGAUGUUAGUCGAGGCACGAAGAUCAAUGCUCAAGUCGCAUCCGCUUGUGUUACAUCCUGCUGACAAGGGCAGUUAUCGGUAUAUGGUGAUUCCGGAUAAAUCGACAGCGGCAGCACCUCUGCCACUGACGACACCACAUCACCAGUCUUUGGCAACAGCAGAUAGAUCAAAGUCGACAGCAGCAGCACCUCCACCACUGACGACACCACAACACCAGCAGCCCACGGCACCAACAGAUGGAUUGACGUCGACAACAGAAGCACCUCAACCACUGACGACACCACACCAUCAGCCCACGGCAACAGCAGACGGGUUAAAGUCGACCACAGCAGCACCUGCAUCGGUGAUGCCACCACACCACCAGCCCACGGCAACAACAGAUACACCGAUAUCAUCACCAGCAGCAGUAGCACCACCAGCACAGCCACAGGUUGCUGCUUCAUGCCACAAGUCCUCGGUUACCUUGGAAACAACAGAUAAAUUGAAGUCGACGACAGCAGCACCUCCUCCUAUGGCGGCAUCAGACCAACCAAUGACCACACCGGAUUCCAUUAUGGCAAUAUCCACACCGGCGAUGACGGUACAAGAUUCCCAUGUGGCGUCACUGGCUCCAAGGUGUGAUUGCCACAUCGAGCCACCAGUUCCACCAAUGGCAUCAUCGGCUCCAAAUUUGGUGCCACCCAAUCCACUAGUGGCAUCAUCGGCUCCGAACUUGGGACCACCAAAUCCAUUAAUUGCAUCAGCGAAUGCCAUGACAUCGUACAACACAUUAGUGUCGUCAUCAGGGCAGUCCCCGCCUCCUCCAGAGCCAUCGAGGAGAAGAAUGAAGCCGGGGGUAAUCAUCUCGUCGCAUCUGACUGCAUCGGAAAUAGAAAACUUGCCCUUAUCGGACGCGUCGUCGGAAAUGCCGGAAAUACCACUGGGCGCGUUAUCCGACUCAUCAUCCAUGACGUCAGCUGAGCUAUCUCCGUCAGUGGUGGCCCUCAAGGCCCGACUGGCGCGCCUGAAACCUCUAAUGGACUCUGUAGUGAAGUCUCCCAGUACCUCUUCAAACCUGCCAGCGGCAAUACCCACAGCAGCACCACGAGAGCGGCUGAAGGCGUCGUCAAAUCCACCUACGGCAUCACUGGCACCGGCAACAGCACCUCGAAGACAGCGACUAAGUGCAACGACAUCCUCAACACCACCGUCACAGCCGUCGUUGCCACAACGAGAACAACGUACAGCAUCACCCGAAUCAAUGAUGCUGUUGCCGGAAUCGAUGAUGGUAUCAUCGCAAGCAACACCUGGUUCAAUAGAGCCACCAUUAAUGGCCUGGCACAACUCGCCAUUGGAAUCGCGAAAGCUGCCUAUUGCACCACAGGAACCAGGGAUUUCACUACCAGCACCUCCCACCGAAUCCCUUCCGCUAUCAAUGACAUCAAUUAAAACGUCUAUGACAUCAUCAGGCUUUACAAAGCCAUCUCCGGGAUCACCGAUGGCGGCGCAAGAGCUGUCAAAGACAACACGAGAGCCAUCAUCGUACGCACGCCCAAGUGGAAUGCUAGAGCAGCCAGUAACAGCAUCACAAGGGUCGCAAUCACCUUGCGUCGAACUCUCAACGGCUGGAAAUGAUGUGCUGGAGGUUGUUCGACCUCAACCAGGUCGACAAUCAGCUGCAUCAAGCCAGACAUUGGUGCCGAGGUCUCGUUCUCGUUCAUCCGCAAACUUCCAGCCGCAUGACAAGUCGCCAUCUCCGCUGCCAGAGGCUAACAGGUGGAGCCCGGUAGAUCUCUGGGAAAACACCGGCGUGUAUGCUCUCGACCGAAUCGAAUACCCAGGUGGCGGUGGUGGCACAUUCCGCUCUGUUACCACACUACCACCGUCGACCUAUGACAGGCUACCGGGUGCUCCGAACCAGAUCAACGCACGCGGCAAGCGCCCUGCCCCCAGGGUUGCAAGCAGAGCAGGAACGCCGACAGCAGCACGGGUGGUCACAGGGUAUGAUGAUGAUGAUGAUGAUGAUGAUGAUGCUGAUGAUGAUGAUGCUGAUGAUAGUGCUGGCGUUGACCAUAAGUACUACAAGAGGCCAGCUAGGCCGGCCAAAUCUGCCUACUCACAGAUAUCGGAAAUCUUUCCGGACUCGCAAACAACAGAGACUGGCCCGAGAGUGAAGAGUGCGUCUGUGCCUGGGCUAAGAAAAGCAUUUCAUGACUUCAACCUCGAGUCGAUUGAGGAUGACGAGGAAGACAUCGGACCAGCGAGCACGCCGGAGCCUGAAAGAUCGGACUCGGGCAAGAGAAGAAGUAAGGGUCUGCGCCAGUCCCGAUCACUAACCAAGCUUGGGAAACAUUUACUGAGUCGCUCGUCGUCAAGACGGACUACAGCUACACAUGAGAUCAACGAGUUGACCGAGGGCACGGCAAGGAAAGACCCCAACCGUCCCAAACGCAGUCGAAGACACCCAGCACCGCUUGAACUACCUGACUCUGGCUGCUCCAGUGAUGAGCCAAGAAAGACAAAGCUUCAGAUGAAGGAGCUCGCAACUGGUCAGCCCAAAUCACAAAUUCGUCAACAUGUUCGUCUACAGCAGGCACUGGCAGAGCUGGACAUACCAGGUGGAAAACACCCAACUGAUGCUAAGGGCAAGUCUCAUCAGUUGGAUGAGCUCUCCCUUCGCACAUCGCAGAAUGCAGAAAAGCUUUCCUUCUCUACGCAAAAGCCAUCACGAUCACUUGACCUGAUCAUGUCCUCUCCAUCUCUAGAAGCUACUGCCGGCAGACAUGAGAUAUCUGAGUUAAGCCUUGCUGAUCGGCGCAAGGCAGUUCGCCAGCAUCGCAAGAGGAAGAGCACUCUUGCUGCGCUCAAUGUACCGGCCGCCGCUAGCUCUGCGGACUAUGCUGAUGUGGGACAGCAGAGCGAGCUGCAAGAAUUGAACAUCAAAGCUCGGCACAGAGAGCGCAGACGCAUGUCACCAAGAAGUAGCAGCUUGAGCGACUUGGCUGCAGGUGGCGGGGCCUUGACGGGGAAAAAUGCAGAGAGCCGGCUGUCUGAAGCCAUGCCUCAUCCGGGAAGCGACAGGUUGGCGAAACCAAGCAAACGUCGUGGCCAUGGCGACGACACUCCAGCAGCAAGCAAGAAUGGGUCUGUCCUGGUGUGGGAUGUGAAGCAACAGAGACCUCGUCUUUUCGUGAACGAAGUGGAACAAGCUGUCGGGAGUGAGCGCCUUCAAAGCUUUCUGUUCCAAGGCUCGGUUCCCCUUCGCAUCCUGGAUCGCCACGGUAACCUUCGAGAGGGUGACAUGGAUCAGAUAGUUCAGUUCAUAAUGAGCUGGCUGGCCGCGGAGAAGGCUGCGGUCUGCGGGCGCAAGAUCAAGCAAGUCCACCUCAGCAUCCCGGAGAAAGAGCCCUGGUCGAAAAUCGCCGAGAGGCUGUUUGAAAGUAAAGAGUGAAGCCAUUGAGGCCACCAUGGCACUGUUGGCUGUGCGUGGAAGGUGUUGUGGCUAGCACUACUUACUGUCUGUGUGGAAGAUGUGUAGGCACUGAUGGCGUGACGCAGCUAGCUGUGCGCGGGAAGUGUUGUGGCUACCACUACUCACUGUCUGCGUGGAAGAUGUGUAGGAGUGGCUCAUUGAACCAGUGCAAGCGCACGUCUUCAUAGCGAUGCUCGCACCCGUAACGGCCGUGUAACCAUUACGACAGCAAUGGAUGAUCGAUUUGUCAGCUCGACAAUAUUGCCAGGUUGAAACUCCAGCACGAUCAGAUCGAAGCGUCGGUGAAUUCACACUGUCCUGUUUGAGUCGCUGUGCCGUGUGCCUAUGGCAAUUAUCAACUAAUGAACAUCACGGAAAUCCAGUGAGACGGAGCGCGAAGCUCUACUUCGCGUAUUGACAUGCAUGCCACAGCUAUGCGCUGUAUUUGUAUUUGAGACUUGAGACGCGUGCGCGUGUACUUGAUGUGUUGAGCCACACGGUGUUUUCCACCGUGGCUCGCGGCCUAUGUCCUUGAGUGACAAUGCUCUUUGAGUUGUUGAUGGUGAGGCUGAGCGAGCAUAGAUUGAUGUUUCAUACUUGAUGUCCAGAACCUUGUCAGUAUUGCCCUGAAAGCUCCAGCCGUAUGCGAGCUGUGGAUUGAUAACUCCGGUCGUAUACCACCAUUGCCUUGAUAAUUCCAGUUGUAUGCUCGCAGUUGUAACUCCAGCCGUACGCAUGCAGUGGUAACUCCAGCCGUAUGUUCUCAGUGGUAACUCCAGCCGUAUGCCCACAGUGGUAGCUCCAGCCGUAUGCACACAGUGGUAACUCCAGCCGUAUGCGUGCAGUGGUAUGCUUGCAUUGGUCACUCGAACCCUAUGCUGCUGCUGCCGUAUGCUCGUGGUGGUCACUCCAGCCGUAUGCACGCAAUGGUAACUCCAGCCGUAUGCUGGCAGUGAUAACUCCAGCCGUAUGCACGCAGUGGUACCUCCAGUCGUAUGCACGCAGUGGUAUGCUCGCAUUGGUCACUCGAGCCCUAUGCAGCUGCUGCCGUACGCAAGCAGUGGUCACUCCAGCCAUAUGCUCGGGGUGGUCACUCCACCCGUAUGCAAGCAGUGGUCCCAGCCGUAUGCUCGGGGUGGUCACUCCAGCCGUAUGCAAGCAGUGGUCACUCCAGCCGUAUGCUCGGGGUGGUCACUCCAGCCGUACGCUCGGGGUGGUCAUUCCAGCCGUAUGCUCGGGGUGGUCACUCCAGCCGUAUGCAAGCAGUGGUCACUCCAGCCGUAUGCUCUCAGUGGUCACUCCAGCCGUAUACAAGCAGUGGUCCCAGCCGUAUGCUCGGGGUGGUCACUCCAGCCGUAUGCAAGCAGUGGUAACUUCAGCCGUAUGCUCGCAAUGGUAACUCCUGCCGUAUGCGAGCAGUGGAUUGAUAACUAUUGCCAUAUGCGGACAGUGGAUUGACAACUAUUGCCAAAUGCGGGCAGUGGAUUGAUUAGUCUAGCUGUAUUCGAACAGCACAUUGAUAACUCCAGCCGUAUGCAGGCAGUGAAGUGAUAACUCCAGGCGUAUGCGGGCAGGGAAGUGAUAACUCCAGGCGUAUGCGAGCCAUGCCUAGUAACUACAGCCGCAUGCAGAAAGUGCGUCUAAAACUAGAGCCAUAUACAUGCCAGUCAUUGAGAACUACAGGCAUAUUCAAGCAGUGCAUUCGUGUUUCCGUGCAUUUAAUGCUUAGUGUAUAUACUACUUACAAACAUAAUAAUUAUUAUGAUGAUUUUAGCCGUUUAUCUGAUACAUUGAUGAUUAGCAAACCAGCCGUAUGCAGACAUUUAAAAACACGAAAGCUAUCCAUCUGCAAGCAAUGCUGUCAGCUACGUUCGCAUUGAGUAUACGACUGACUACGUCGGUGUUAUCACUGUGUGUCAGCACACAAGACCCAAAGAACUCUUCGUGCUACCGUGACCCGUAAGGUGAUCAACCGGAUCUGGUCGUUCACAAUGCGCUGUAGGUGCUCAAGAUCACAAUAUUUAGGAAUACCCCUUACAAAACAAGAUGGUGCUGGACAGUUUGAGCACAGUAGUACACCAUAGCUGUGCUGGUGCGCCCCAGGCAGUGUAGUCUUGACAUACUUGCUCCUCUAAAAGCAGCCGGUCCGGCUGGUUCGGUUUUGGCCCGACCACUUUUUUUUAAACACAAUGCCAAAAAGUGCCCAGAAUGCAAGAUUGCACCCUAA